AUGAUUCUACUUUUGAGUGAGCCAAACUGUCUUUUACAAGAAUCUCCUCAUCAUAAAUUGUCUGAAACAAGUGAAGAUCUCUCUGAGUGUGGCAAAAAAGGAGUCGCAGUGAGACCCCGAAGAGGAGACGCACUUCUAUUCUUUAGUCUCCACCCAAAUGCUAUCCCAGAUACUCUCAGUCUUCAUGCAGGAUGCCCUGUAAUCGAAGGAGAGAAAUAUUCGGCAACAAAGUGGAUUCAUGUGGACUCAUUUGAUAAGGUGGUGGGAGCUGGAGGGGACUGCACUGAUCAGCAUGAGAGUUGUGAAAGAUGGGCUGCCCUUGGAGAAUGCACUAAGAAUCCUGAAUAUAUGGUUGGAUCUACCGGCCUUCCUGGUUACUGUAGGAAAAGUUGCAAAACAUGUUAA